CUCGAUCUCGAUCGAUCGAUCGAUCGAGAGAAGGCCAUGGCGGCGGCGGCGGCGGCGGAGAAGGAUUCGUCGGCGAUGCCGAAAGCGUGGGUGGAGGCGCCGACUCUGAAGGAUUUGCUGCCGGAGCUGUCUCGCGACGAGCAGCUGCGGCGGGAGAAGCGCCGCGUCCGCAAGCUUCCCAAGGAACGCUUCGCCAAGGUGAAGCCGACUGACCUAUCGGCUUGCUUUUCCACGUGGAUGCGCACAGAAGACGAGCGUGACGCCUUCAUCAUCGGCCGUGUCCAAGAUGCCCUCUUUCAUUACAAUGCCAGGCACAAGGGUGGUGAGUUUGACGCUGUGAAGCCCCUGAUGGAAGCUCGUGUUUCCUUCAGGGGCCAGAUCUGGUUCCACCUCAACUUCUGGGCUCGCAGCCGCAGCACCAACAUAAUUAAGCGAUUCUUCGCCGAGGUGCACUACAUGUACAACCACGACAUCAGAACUCCUGUCGUCGAGAUAUGCACCAUCAUCCAAGAGCCCCUUUCCCAGCACAGGAGCAGCUGUGCCUUCUGUCCUGCCGAUCUCGACAUUCUGCACCCCAAGGGGUCUCGUAAGUUUGUUUGCGGCAACGACAAGGACCGGUUUGAACAACGCCUCGAGGCCUGUGGCUCUCUCUGCCCUGAGAUGCCAUUCUCUUGCCCCCACAAGGGCACAAGCAAAUCAUCAUAUCCAUCCACCCAAACACGCACGGACGGAUUGCAGUAAGAGCUAGCUAGCCUGCUGCACAGAUUAUUUAUUUAUUGUCCAUGCAUUCAGUGGAAUGUGGUUUCCCAAUUUCAAAUCCCAGCUUGCUCUUGUAGACAAACUCGAAUCCCUCUUUGUUCUUUUUUUUUUUGCAAUUCCACUCUAUAUGUUUAUCAUCUACGUUCGUU